UUUUGACACCAAAUGGCGUGCUUAAACAUGCAAGUCAAGAAUGAAACACAAGGAGGCUUCAUGGGCCCAAGAAUCUCUUUCUCAAAUGAUUUCAUAGAUUCAAAUCACCAUGACAACACUUACAGUGAAGCUCCUGUGUCUUCUGAUUUUGAGUUUUCUGUUCCCACUUUUUCUUCAAAUUCUGCAGAUGAAGUCUUCUUCAAAGCUGCAGGUAAACUUGUUCCACCAUUGAAGGACCAGAAGGUGGUGACACUCAGAGAUGAGCUUCUUUCAGGCCAUGAUGAUGAAGAUGAUGGUGUGUUGUUUAACACUAAGAGCUCAACAGGAUGGUGGAGAGAGAAGUUUGGACUCAGAAAAGGUCAAAAUGGUAAAAGUGAACACAAGAAUCUUGGAGGCUUAGAAACCAUUGAUGAAGCAAAGAUCAAACCUACUUUUUACACUCCCAAUUUCACAGGAAGCAAUCGAUAUAAGUGAACUAACCAAGUGGGAAUUAAGGAGUUUAUUGAUCUUGAGGGUGAAGGAAGGGUUUUUAAUUUUUUUUUCUGGGUAUUUUCCAAUUAAUCUGAUUAAUUAAGAAUUCUUAGUUAGGAGUAUGGGCUUAAUUAGGAAGUUGAUGUGUGUAGAGAAGUCAUUCAACUGUUACUGUAUUCUGUACAAAUAUUUGCAGUUGAAAGAAUUUUCUUUUGUA